AUGGGCCAAGAUUGGAUGGCGUAUACUAUGGACGGUAUUGCGAAUGGGUGGCGUAACUGGGUUCAACAUUUCUGUCUCGCUUUAAGUCAUAUUAAUAAGCGUGGUGGUGCAGGAGACUUAUCAAUCAAGGAAGGACAAGAAUUUUCAUCUAAUGAGAUGCCUCCAUUUAAUGUCUAUGCGUCGUGCUUCUCUCCCUUGGAAGCUUCCACCAAUUCAAUUAAUUUCUUUCAUGAUAAUCAAACAGUGAAAACGAGGCAACAAGGUGGGUGGGUGCAAGCAAAGGCAGGAAGGCAUGAUGUUGAAAAAGGGGAGAAAAUAUUGUGA